GUGAUGCUGUGACAGUAGAGAAGGAAGUGGGCACACAAUGGCACCAUGUCUGCCUCUUGUCCUGGUAACAUGAGAGGCCCCCGGGUAAAGACCCCUCUACUGCUGCUCCUGCUGCUGCUGCUUACCACUUUGACUGGGACAGUGUUAUGCCAAGAUGGAACUGAGUAUGAAGAUCCAAGUGAGCCAAACGCAGAUGUUGAGGACACAGAACUUCCACCUGAAUCUGAAGCCCCUCCGACAUCAACCCCCUCUCCCACAGACAGCAAUGACGGCCCAGGUGAAGAUUACGCAGAAGGCUCUGGAGUGGAUCUCAGCUUUACCGACCCAGGGAACAGUACAGUGGAUCCCAGCGUCACCGCUACGUUACCUGUGGAUGAAGGUUUGAGUCCCAUCAUCAUCAUGGUCCCUGUGGUGCUGGUAGUGGUUAUCAUCGGCAUCAUAGUUUGCUGUAUUUUCCUCAAGCGUAGCUGGAAACAAAAAGCGGAGAGUCAAGAUCUAAGAAAAGAGGAUCCAUAUUUGGAUGGGCCCGACACAGAGAAGGUGCCAAUGCCCAUGUUUGAAGAGGACGUGCCCUCUGUAAUGGAGUUAGAGAUGGAAGAGUUGGACCAAUGGAUGAAAAAAGACGGUGAAGCUGCAGAGGACUCCAAACAGGUUUAGGCCUCAGUCUAUUUAUGGUUAACAAAGGGCGCUCUCCCAGAAUACAAGGACAGGCAGUCAACAAUGCAUCGCUGCCAACGCUGAAGUUCAGACCUUUCUACAAUAAUCUCACAACAUUAAAACAAUGUCAUUGACCACGCAGUCCGAAAACACCUUCACAACUCUUAAAGGAUGAUUACAGAUAUCUUACAAAUAGUCUUCUAAAGGCUACACCUCCUUGCUAUCUUCAGUGAACUUAAAAAUGUUAAAUAGUUGUUCUGCUGUUUUGUUACGAUGAGCAUGUGCUCUGCUUUAUGACAAUGAUCAGUGUUGUUCCUUUCAUUUUUCAUGCUUUGCCUGUUUUUAUUGUGUACUGAAAUGCCAAUGUGCAGUAUUUUCUGUCUCCAUGAACCACCCAGACUGAAAGGUAUUUAGUUUAAACCUAAAAAAACGCCCAACAAAAACCCACACACACUCCUGUAGCUACCAAACACUCCCUUGUUCUGCAGAUUCAUGCAGUUGUAGUGUGUGGUCAACACAAAGCGCAUUAGGUCAAUACCCUUCUCCACCCUUCACAGAUAUGACUGUUCAUAGUUUCUGCUGAUGGCUUCUCUUCAGCUCAAAGCUUCUUUGUUGUAUCACACUAUGUGACUCUCUCCAGCUGCAGGUUUUAAUACGGAAAUAUCCUGUUGAGGAUUGUAGGCAUGCAUGACAGAGAAGACCGCUCCUUUUCAUUCCUGUGCAGAGCUGGUUAAGACUUAUGGAGAAAAUGUUUUUAUUCCAAUGCUGUUUGAAAUCCCAGAGCGUGAAAUCAGCAGCAUUAUGUUCCUGAGUCUUUUGAUAAAUUAUUGCCUUGUUGCUGAAACAGCUUUCUAAAAGCUGCUACUGAUAAGAUUUUCAUCUCACUGUAGAUAAUAACCCACUGACUGAAUAGUUAAUUUCUACAGAUAUAGUUUAGAUGUUUUAUUCCUGAUUAUAGCUUAAAAAUGUUAAAUCUAAGCAGUCGUGACACUGAUACAAAUGAGAGGACUACUUUCUGAAUUUUCAGUCAGUAUUUUGCAGUAUGUUGCACUGUAAAUAUGAGAAUACAGUAUACCAAUAGAUGUUAUUUUCAAGAAAUGCCUUUUGUAAAUAUUUCAUAUAAGGCUGUAGUGCUGUUGUUUAGCCCAUGUUUUUAAUAAAAGUUCAAUAAAUAAAAUA